UUCUACGCAAGCAUGGGAAAAGGUUUGAUUCUAGUGUCUGUGUUUUUCUACAGUACCGCUGUCCUAGGCUGUCCGAAUGGUUGGACGGUGAACAAGAACUCCUGUUAUCAUGUCAGUCGCGAUAAGGCUUCUUGGGUGGAGGCCAUGAGAAUGUGUGAAUUACAUGGUGGUGUUUUAGCUGACAUUUCCAGUUCUGAAGAACAAGCUUUUAUAGAAAGCAUGGUUCAACGACAAAACGGGCAUACGUACUGGUUGGGAGGAAGUGACUGGACAACUGAGGGGGCCUGGGUUUGGGAAACUACAGGAAAAGCGAUCAGUUACACCAACUGGCAUCAUGGGCAGCCCGAUAACUCCCAUAACAUAGAACAUUGUCUGUAUCUGGACACCCAAUCCCAUUACAGAUGGUUCGAUAGAGACUGUCACGAUGCUCUUCACUACAUCUGUGAAAAUCCGUAAGUAUAAGUGACUGUCCU